AUGAGCGAUAUCGAAUAUCAGGCGCCGCAUUCGUUAAGGGCCGCUGAGGCCGAGGCUGCGGCCGAGCAGCCCAAUCUCUCCUCCUCCCACUCGGAUUCGUCGGGAUCCACAUCAUCCUCAUCAUCAUCUCCCACCGCGCCCCGAAGACAGAGGCGCGCAUCGAGCCUCUCCACCUCGGCCCCCAGCGGCCCUGCCGCAUCCAUGCAGGCAUCGGGCGAACGUCGCAUCUCGCGUCGCGAGCGCCUGAGCGGUCGUGGAUUCAUGCCCCCGGCCAGCGGCGGCGGCGGUGGAUUCGAUGAGGAACUCGAUGACUACGAGGAUGGCGAUGUGGGCACCACCGAUGUCUUGCUCUACCUCGCCCGUCGCAUCGCCUGCGAAUUUGGUGCCAAUCUGGCCUUCAAUCUGCCCCUCAGGCUCGUCUCGCUACGCCAGGCCGCCCGCCCGCUGGGCCACCCGCAGCACUCGCUCGCCCACGAGGUCAAGUCCCUCAUCUCGCCUUCGUCUUCGUCGGCCGACUCGUGGAAGUACGUGCUGGGCACCAGCGCCUUCAUCGGCAUGUCCGAGGUCGUGGCCGGCCUCUUCUCCGGCGGUGUCAGCAUGUACUUUGAUUCGGGGCACAUCCCGACGGUGGACGAGUGGCACGAGCACGAGAAGCCCACCAUCUACGGCGUCUCCCGCAAGCAGCUCGCCGUCUUCGCUGGUAAGCUGUUGACGGGGGUGUUCUUCUAUCCGUUCUUCGCGGUGGCGCCCAUCCUCCUGGCCACCCACCGGUGGCCGGGCACCGGCCAGUUCUUCCGCGACCUCGCCUACAAUCGCAACGGCUUCUGGAACGCCCUCGCGCUGAACGUGGCCAAGUACAGCAUCAUCGAUCUGGCGCCGUUCCUGGAGACCAAGCUCUACCACUACCUCCAGCUGGUGCCCGAGGAGGACGAGGAGAACGAGGACGAGUGGGAGGCGGAGAACAGCUCCCUCUUCUCGGCCAAGCGCUUCAUCAAAUACGGCCUCUCCUUCACCUCGACGGCGUUGGCGUGCCUGCUCUACGUUCCGCUCGAUGUGCUCACCACGCAGAUGGUGGUCUACCCGACGCAGUAUUCCGGCGUGGUCGACUGCGCCAGGAAGGUGUGGGCCGCCGAAGGCCUCAAGGGGCUCUACCGCGGCUGCUGGGCCAACCUGUUGAGCGAACAGGAGCUGCUCUUCAUCUGA